UGUCGAGCCUGUUUGCUGGAGCUCCCCUCGCCAGCUCCGGCUACUCCGCUUCUGGGUCGACUCGAUGAUACCAGGCCGGCAGUUCUGCUCCGCCGCCGUCCUACGAGCGGCGCGAGCAUCGCCGGCAUCGCCCUGUCGUGGCAGCUCCUUUGCCGCACUCGGCGUUCCGUCGGUCCUCGCCUCACGGCUGGCGGCACUCGGUAUGCGGAGGCCGACGCCGGUGCAGGAUGCUGCCAUGUCGCUGCUGAUGAAGCGGCCGGGUGCCUCGCCGCUCGCGGAGCCUCCCAAGUCUGCGGUCCUCCGCUGGCACACCGGGAGUGGCAAGACGCUCGCCUACCUGCUGCCGCUGCUGGCGCGCGUCGACCCGCGAGAGCGCGCUGUGCAGUGCGUCAUCGUGGUGCCGUCGCGCGAGCUCUGCUUGCAGACGCUGCGGCUGCUCAAGGCGGUGAGCGGUCACGGGCGGGCCAACAAGAAGGGCAACGCCCUCCGCGUCUCCUCUGCGAUGGGGCGCGUCAACACGCGCAUGGAGUCUGAGCUGCGCUGUCAGCCUCCGCACGUCCUCGUCGGCACGCCGCAGCCGCUCGGAGUCCUGCUUCACUCGCGCGUCCUCCCGCUCGCCAGCAACGCCGCCGCGCGCGUCCUCGUCCUCGACGAGGCGCCGCUCCUCUCGUCCGACGGCCCGCUCCCUCCCUCGCUGCGGCACGUGCUGCUGCCGCCGGGCGGGGCUGCGGCGGUCGUCUUCGUCGAGAGCGGCGCUGGCGCUGAGCGAGUCGCUUUUGUUAUUAAGUCCUUACUUCAUCUUUGGUCCUACACCGAAUAG